CUGCACACUACCACACUGCAAGCUGUUUCCCUUUGUCUCUAGCUCAUUGUGCUGUCUAAAGCCAUUACACAUAGGAUAUCCCAGCCACAAGCUAGCCCUUGCUGCAGGCUAUCCUAAACUACCACUUGGAUGCCUUCUUUUUAAUCCCAAAACAGUUGUACAGUACAUGGGGAGGGGAGCUUUGUAAACAUUGUGGAGAAAAUCCCUUUUUUUUCUGGAGUAAGAAUAAUUGUACAAGGAUGGCGAUGACACUGGAUGAAUUUACUCGCUCUGUCGAUCCGAUGUCUCUUCCCAGAGUUCUGCAGAUUCAAUCCGGAAUUUACUUUCAAGGAUCUGUGUAUGAGAUGUUUGGGAGAGAAUGUUGUCUUCCUACUGGAGAGAUCAUGAAAGUCACUGGAAUCACAAUCUCCAAACUGACAGCAGAGAUUCACCCAGAAGAAGACAAAAGCAUAACUGUCAGUCUACCUCUGGACUGCCCAGGUCUUUUCAGGAUUGUAGCAGAUGAGAAACCUUACAACACCUUGGGGGAAAUUGUGGACGCGUUACGCAUUAGCUCUGACAGGCUAGGCCAGCCCGUGUUCCGCUGUUCCUGUGACCUGCAGCUGCCCGAUGAGACCGUGAAGAAGGGGGAGAGUUUUACUCUCGUUUCUUUGAAAACCAACGACGGGGAGGGGUCUGUGGACUGUGAGGUCAUGCAAAGAGAUCCCAAGCUUCGCUUUACACUGAAGCUGUCUCAGCAAGGGGAGUUCUACGAGUGUGAAGAUGACCAGUUCUACACAUUAAAGGAGCUAGUGGAAUGGAAAAUGCCCAAAGGCAGAAAAAGGACAGUGAAUCUGGUCAAGUCUGUGCCAAUAGAAGAGAUGCGCUUUUGUGAGCUUCCAGAGAACUACAGCGGAGAGUUGAUUCUUACGCCUGUUUAUGAACUUCAAGCUGUUAUGAAGUUUAGAAAGGAUGUUGUGCACAUCCCAUCCAACCUAGAUGUCGAGGUCAUAGACGUUACAGGGCAGUGUGACAGUGAGAGUUUUGUGCAGCCUCUGUCUUUGACUGAUAUGUUCAAGAAGGAAAGUGGUGAAUUUCCUUUUGUGGCAGAGAUCAUAGAGACACCAUUGCACCUUCCAGAAGAACUGAAGUUCCUUAUGAAUUGCAAGCAGGUCAUCAUCCAUAGUGCUGAACAGGCCAAGCGAAUUCUAGCAUCUGAAAUUCGAAGCGAUAGACAGAGCCGGUUCUUGCUCCCCAACUCAUACAAGGGAAGAUUCAAACGGAGGCCUCGUGAGUUUCCCACCGCGUAUGACUUGGAGGUUGCCAAGAGAGACAAGGAGCAGCUUCACGUGGUUGCCACAAGGACCUUUGAGUCUCGAUACGAAGGGCUCGCCACUGUCCUUGUGGGAGACCAGUUCCUGGUGCAGAGAAGGGAGAUGAGUGAGGUGGCCUAUGGCAGCAUACGUAAGAUGGUGGAGGCCUUAGCCUGUGAGAAGAUUGAAGGCAGGAAGUACGAGACGGUUCUCAUCCCCAUGUGUCUGGAUGGUGGUUUUGUGGAGGUCAUCCAUGACAAGAAGCAAUACAGCAUCUCUGAGAUUUGCCAGCGGUUUCACCUGCCCUUCAACGUCAAAGUUGCGAUGCGGGACCUCUCCGUGGCGGUGGAUAUGCUAGCCGUCGUGCCUGGGCUGCACCUGGAGGAGGAGAUCACCGACUCCUAUCUGGUAAUCUCUAACAUGGACCUGUCGGAGUGCUGGGAGGUCCCGGUUAACCGCACAUCCUUGACCCUGCAGGUUCUCCACAGUCAGCCGAGGCCCACGGUACCCCUUACUGUACGCUCUGCUGUGGAGAAGAUUAGCGAGGACUGCUAUUACACCCUCCGGAGAUAUGCCACGGCCUCCAUUAUACCCCCUCCCCGCCCGCCCAAGAAGCCCAAGCAGCCUCUGUCUGACUCACUGAAGCAGACGCCCCCACAGCCAGUGAGACCUCAGUCAUCCCACUUACCAAAGAGCCCAUGCAUUAACAAACCAAAGCCAGUUGUGCCUGUUUCAUCAGGAUCUGUUAAAAUAUGCAGCUCUGUCCCAAUAAGUGAAAAAAAGAUGCCAAGUCCAGUCACUCUUCCUAAUCCAGUCCCGCGAAAAGCCAGCAGUUUGGAUAACUGCCUUGAGAGAAAAGCUGACUCGGAUGAUGACACACAUGAUUAUGAAUACAUUGAUGAAGAUGAAGUUGACAGCAUCCGGAAAAAAUUUGAAGAGCAAAAUAUUCACAACACUAAGAAGGCCAAGCCAAGUAAUGCCUAUGAUAAAUCGACAAAAGCAGGAAGAUAAAAUGAAGGCAAGAAAAAUUCAUCAUCUAAGCUAAAAGCAUGAGUAUGCUUAGAUAACAGGUCAGGUUCCCAUUCAUGAGAAUCAAACAUGCUGGAAACAUUAUUAAAUUGCAUUAUUUAUUAUCUAGGUUAUAUAAAUCAGUGACUGCUUGGUCAUAGAAGUUUUUUCUUCUGUAGUGGAAAAAAUGGACAGCUUUGGAAAUCUGUUUUCAAAUUCAUUCAGUGGCCAGUUUAGAAACCAGGCUCCUAUAACCAGACCCUAUCAGGCAGUACCCCCUUUUGCCUCAAGAACAGCCUGAAUUCAUUCACAGCAUGGAUUAAACAAGGUGCUGGAAAUAUUCCUUAGAGAUUUUGGUUCACAUUGAUUCAAUAGCAUUACACAGGUCCAUUCAAACUGUGCACCUCCCGUUCCAUCUCAUUCCAAAAGUGCUCUAUUGGAUUGAGAGCUGGGCACUGGCCAUUGGAGAAAACUGAAAGUCACUGUCAUGUUUGUGGAGCCAGCUUGAGAUUUUGUGUGCUUUGUGACAUGGUGCAUUAGCCUGCUGGAAGUAUCCAUUUGAAAAAAACGGUAGACUGUGGCCAUAGGGGUGCAUGGACAGCAAGAAUGCUUAGGUAUGCUGGGGCAUUCAAAUGAUACUCAUUUGGUAUUAAUGGACCAGAUGUGUGCCAAGAGAGCAUUCCCCAAGGCAGGGUGGAUCCAUGAAUUCAUGCCGUUUACACCAAAUUCUGAACCAUCCGCAUGUCCCCUCAGAAAUCAAGAUUCAUCAGACAAGAUUACAUUUUUCCAAUACUCAGUUUUGGUGAUUAUAUCAAACACACUUUUCGUAUUACAGUACUACUUUUGUGUUACUUUCAACACAUUUUGUGCUACUACUAAGUUGCUACUUUUGUGUUACAGAUACACAAUUUAUGUGUUACAGUGGGAGAUUUUAUUAAUGCAGACAGUGUUGAAAGUAACACAAAAUGUGUUGAAAGUAAAAUGUCCUUAAUUAGACAUGGCCCAUUAUGUGCUGUUUCUAUUACAUCUGUUUUGAGAGUGUAUACUGGAAAUGUGAUAUUUCUCCUUCUUUAGACCAGUAAAGAAAUUAUAUUGUGAUCAGAGGUAUUACAUGCAGCAUCUUUUCCUGGUUGUUUCCGAACAUGUAAAUCUGAAAAGUGCAAUUAAAAAGAUUUCCAUUAUUAAAA